AUGAUUCAAGUAGAUUCAGCUGGAUUACAACAAAAUUCUCAGGAGGAUACCAUCAGUGUACAAAAUAAUAAUGAAGAAGAAGUCGGUGAUAAUGAUAAAGAAACGAGCGGUGAUGAAAUUGUGGCAGCAACUGUAGCGAGCAACGACACAGAAACGCCGUCAGCUACGACAGAAGACGAAAAAAUGACCGAAGAUGAUGUCGAUGCUGCUGCCGAGUGCGUUGAAUCGUCGUCGAUCGAAGCUAAAAUAACCAGCAGCGGGUUAAAUAAUCAUAAAAUCACUAAUAGCAGUAGUAGUUGUAGCAGUAAGAGUGUCAAGAAACCAAAUUUAGAUAAAGUAGUUGAAAAAAUUAACCAUAACAAUAAAAAGGAGAUAAGUAGUGUGAAUAUCAACAACAACAACAAUUUGAAAAGUAGUCGUAAAAAUUUCAAAAUGAGCGAUUUAAUUGGCGAUCGCACGACUCCCGUCAACGGCAAUCACUCCGAACCCCAUUCCGGCGACGAAGACGAAGAAAUCCCCGAUCAGCAGCAACAACAAACGGCAGCAGCUCUCGCCGCGGCACAACAAUUGAUGGGCGCCAAUCCGGCAAUGUUCAAUCCUGCGAUGUUUCCGACCGGGCAAGCUUUUCAAAAUGUCGUGGCGCAAUUCACGGCGAAUGCGGUUGCCAAUAACAUGGAUAUGGAUAACGUGGCGUUACUGAAAUCGGCGCUUUUUACGCUGCAACAACAACAAUUUCUGCAAUUUCAGUUGAUUCAGCACUUGCAUUCGCAGUUGUUGAGGAAUAAUGAGCGGGAGGAAGGCGAAAAUGCCGAACGAUCGGAGACGGAAAGUGAGAUGGCGAAACGGGAUGAAGAAGCGGCACGGAGAACGGCGAAAAUGCAGUUUGAUUCGCCGUUGAAGCGGUUGGAAGAGCAAUCAGCAAGGCAGGAACUUGAUUUAAGUAAUCGCAAUAAAAAAUCGUCACCUAGUCGUAGUGAAGUAAGUCAUUCAGAAAAGGUUUCAAUGCAGCAUCACAUGCAAAAGCAAGCCGCCGCUGCCGAACUUCAAGCAAAUACCCCCUUAACGCCAAAUCGAUCGACUGAGGAACGUUCCGCGCAAGACAUUCCUCACCCAUACCAACAUAAUUUCUCACUUGCCUCCAAUAUCAUUACCGAUCACGACUCUCUGCCACCCAUGAACGAGUCUAAUUCACUCGCGAUGCUCGAAAAGAAGGCGCAGGAAGUCCUCAAUUCCGCAUCGCAAGGCAUUCUUUCGAACAACUUGCUCGACGAACUCGCGUUCGCCAACGAAAAAUCCUCUCCAAAUGGGCGCAACGAUCCUGCUCUCUUCAAACAUCGUUGCCGAUAUUGCGGCAAAAUCUUCGGCAGUGACUCUUCGCUGCAAAUUCACAUCAGAUCUCACACUGGCGAACGUCCUUUCAAAUGCAACGUCUGCGGAUCGCGAUUCACAACAAAAGGCAACUUGAAAGUUCAUUUCCAACGACACACGGAAAAAUAUCCGCACAUCCCAAUGAACCCGAAUCCCGUUCCAGAGCAUUUAGACAAAUACUUCCCGCCUCUUAUCCCAUCGGAAGCACUUAAGGAACAAGCUCCAACGGGUCCUCCAACGCCAGGCAGUGAAAGAAAUUCCGCGCCUCCUCCUCCUUCAGGAUUACCGGGACAAUUUCCUCCCGGGUUUCCUGCACGAUUUCCCGACUUUUUCAUGCCACGCCCGCCGCCAUUCGAUCUCUUCACAAAUCCAAUGAUCGCCGCUCAGGCAGCAGCUGCAGAAUUGGCGCGAAAACCUGUUGAUCUUUCGCAAGUUCGAAAACCCGACACUGAACGUUCAAUGUCGCCACAAUCGGAUAUGCGAUUAUCGCCGGAAGUUGUGCUAAAAGAAGAAGACGAGCCAACGAUCAUCAAAGAAGAACCGAUGGACGAAACGUUAGACUUAUCUGACAAAAGUCACAAUCGCGACAAAUCCCCCGAACGCGACGAAGAUGAAGAAGAAGCGCCAUCUCGUGACGAUCACGAACGUGAACGCGAAUAUCGGGAACGAGAAAUGCGUGAAAGGGAGCGUGAAAUGGCAGCAAUUCGGGCGAAUUCGCAACCGAAUCAUCAAAUGGGCGACGGAUUGGCAAAAGUUCCUUCAGUGUCGCCAUCUCGUAGCAGUUCCUCGAGCACUUCAGGGUCUUUGUACCAAGAUACGGUUUUGGAUCCGGCAUUUUUCCCGUCGCAUUUGGCUCGACCUGAUUCGCGAGACAGCUCGUGGGAGAAUUUCAUCGAAAUUUCGUCGGAAACGUCAAAGUUACAAGAGUUAGUUGACAAUAUCGAUAAUAAAACGACAGAACCGAAUCAAUGUUUGGUCUGUAAAAAAGUUCUGAGUUGUCGUUCGGCGCUUCAAAUGCAUUAUCGGGUGCAUACGGGCGAGAGACCCUUCCGUUGCAAGAUUUGCGGAAGAUCUUUUACCACAAAAGGCAAUUUGAAGACUCACAUGAGUGUUCAUCGGAUCAAACCCCCGAUGCGGACCUUACACCAAUGUCCCGUUUGUCAUCAAAAGUUCUCGAAUAUCUUCGUGUUGCAACAACACAUUCGCUUGCAUACCGGAGAAAUGACGGAUUUGACGCCCGAACAAAUAAGAGCAGCGGAAAUCCGCGAAUUUCCCGAUCAUCCCCCAGAAAUGAAGAUGCAUCCGUUCGCCAAUAUGGGGCGCAUGCCUGAAUUCAAUCACAAUCACAAAAGAAUGGCAGAAAUGCAUUCCGACGACGAAAAUGGCGACGAAAUAAACGAACCUCCAAGUCCCAAGCGAUUGCAACAAGAAGACCUUUCAAAACGUGAAAAUUUACGAUCUCGAGCGCCCUCUAGUUUGGUUUCGCCAAGCCCGGGUCAAGCCGAAGACCUGAGAGCGAUGAAUAUUCAUCGUUUAUCCGUCAGAUCGAAUGAAGAACUUUCACGCGACUCGUCGCCCGUUAGUCAAGCAUCAACAGAACCCGCAAAACGAAUGCGCUCAUCUAGUCCCCUCCGUUCGUCGACAUCACCCCCGCCCUCGAUGCAUCAUUCAACACGAUCGCCGAUCACGACGCCCCCUGGCGCUUCAGAUUUGGCGCAAAGACCUCCCUUUCCGUAUGGGCCGCCCUUUCUAGCGAUGCCUCAUUUGCCGCCCUUCAUGCAACAAGCACCCUUUAUGCGAACGGGAAUGCCGUUAGUGCCCUCUUCAGCUGGCAUGCCACCUUUCGGAUUAUUUGGUGUUCGUGGAAAUACAACAACCUGUAACAUCUGUUUUAAGACAUUUGCCUGCAAUUCAGCUCUUGAGAUUCAUUAUAGAAGUCACACAAAGGAGCGUCCCUUCAAAUGCACAAUUUGUGACCGUGGCUUCUCGACAAAGGGCAACAUGAAACAACACAUGCUCACCCACAAAAUCCGUGACAUGUUCGGCAAUUCAAACUCUGGCGACGAAUCCCGCAUGUCAAGCACGUCGCAAGAUCCCUCAAUGUCUGCCAAGGACUCCGAAUCGGGCGGCAGUCAGAUAAAUUUCGCCAUUAAACUCGAAAAAUCCCGCAGCCCGGAGAACUUUGAGCGCAGCAACAGCGAAAAUCGCGACAAACAUUCGAUGAAAGAUGAUCGUGGAUCGCCGGCGAGCGAUUAUGCUGGCGGCAACGACUUCAAUGGCAUGUCCAAGGAGGCCGACAUCAAGAAAUGGUGCAACAAGUUGAACGAAAUGCCCGAAAAUAUCGCUGCGAGUUGAUAAAAUCAAGAGUAAAGCUGAAAAAAAAAUUUUUUAAAUUAAAAAAAACAAAUAGAUAGCGAAAAAAAUUGAACUUUCCCCUCUGAAAAUAAAAAAAAUCAAACAUAAAAAAAAUAAUUAAAAAAUAUCAAGUGACUGUAAAAAAAAUUUCUUUUAAAAAAAUGAAUGUUUUUGUCGUAAUU